AUGGAAAAAUCUAUCUUAGGCUUUCUCAGGACUGUUUUACAGGCAUCUAGCGACGUGAUUUCACCGAAUGAAGUAUUUUUUGCAGGUUUUCUGUUUGGGCCUGUUGUUGCUAUUCUCCUGGGAGUACCAUUUGUCCCUAUCCGGAAGCAAGGUAAACUGCCUGGCGAGUGCUUGCAAGCGUCAUAUGUGAAGGAAUAUGGUGAGGACGUCAUUGAAAUUCAGAAGGAUGCUAUAUCUGCUGGUUGGAAGGUCGUAAUAAUCGACGAUUUGUUAGCAACAGGGGGCACCUUAAAGGCUGCUGUUGAUCUCAUCGAGAAAGCAAAUGCCACUGUGUCGGAAGCAUACAUGAUAAUAGAAUUGGCACCUCUUCAUGGAAGAGAAAAAGUUCCAGGAACUCCUGUCUCCGCACUCAUAGUGUAUAACGAAGCUUAA